CCAACUCAGGAGCAACCAGCUUUCGGGGCCGAUUGACAUCGUCAUACAGAACAUGAAGAAUCUCACCCAGCUAAGCCUGAGCGGAAAUCGGUUCUCCGGGCGUCUGCCCAGCCUUACCUAUCCAUUUAUCGAAAAGUACUCGGUGAACAACAACUUCUUCUCGCAUGGCCAGGUCAAGUUCACCAACUGCUCAGCAGUCACAUGGAGUGUCGAUAGCAACUGCCUCUCCAGCAACCUUCGCAUUUGUGGCCUUCCUCACAUCCCAAAGCCCACUUCAACCUGUGCUGCAUUCUGUGGGUUGGACAUCGGUGCUGCUCGCCCUGUGUGUGGGGGGCAUGGCUACUGCUCUGUGAAUGACUUCACUGCAAUUGGAGAGUGUGUCUGUGAUCCCAAUUACAUGCUCAACAACAGCAACACCAACACCUGUGUGCCUGGGG